AUGCCAAAAAGGAAACAUGAAAACCCAGUCGUCAACUCAGAGUCAGAUUCUCCGAGCACUUGGUCCUCUUUGGAUGAAGUACUUGAAGAAAAGGCCAAAGCAGCAUCUCCUUCUACUAAAAAGACCAAGCAAGCAAACUCCAGUGAUAAGAGAACGUCGCGGUCUUUCAGCUUCGACGAAGACGAGUUCCUGUUGGAUAUCGUUCUAGAUUUUCAGGAGAGAAAUGGCAUAGGCAGUAACGGUCUGUGGCCAGAAGUCAAAAGAAAGUACGACGCAAAGUUUGGUAAAUCGUCGGAACAGCUUCGCUCGCGUUACCGAGUUCUGGCGAAACGUCCUCCCAAAGUAACGAAUGGGGUUGAAAAGAACACAAAAGUUGAACAUUUAAAGGAAGAAGCAGAAGAGGCGAAUAACUGA